AUGGACAGGUACAAUUCACGACAACUUUGUGCGUUCAGCACUUGCUCGGGGGCGUUCGUGCUGCGGCCCCGGGCAGCGCGGAGCGUUUCAAAGUGUUUAUCACUUCGCUGGCGAGCGUCUCGGGCUGGGUCGCGUUUCCGACCUUGCUUGGCCCGCAUCUCGCGCAACGAUGAGCGGCAGAACACCGCAGCGGUGCCUGGUGAAGUGAACGGGAAGCCAGAGAGCCUACCUGACGUCGCCUGGGGGACAAGCUCGAUAGAGCAGCGCAUGCUCACCGAGCAAGCGACUGAGGAGCUCGUUGAGAAAGUCCGCGAACGAUGGUCGACUAGUGAGGAGUCGGACGAUACGUCUCCAGCGCCAGCAGCGACGUCAGCGACACAAAAAAUCCCUGUUGUGCAGCAGUGGCAAGUCUGGUGGCAGCGCUUGUGGCGCGACGACAAGUUUGCGGACGUGCGCGUGUUUACGGCCUCGUUUUUAGCAGCUGUGUUCAUUCGCGCUUUCGUCGUAGAGCCACGCUACAUUCCAUCGCUCUCCAUGUAUCCGACGUUUGAUGUGGGCGAUCAGCUGCUUGUGGACAAGGUCACCUUGAAACUCGGUCGUCAUAUCCAACGAGGCGACGUUGUGGUCUUUUACCCGCCGCCGGCACUCAUUGAGGCCAGCAAAGAGACCGCAAAAGCACUGAACGCUGCGGGAGAGACAGGUGCGCACCAGUAUGGUGCUAGAGAUGCGAUGAUUAAACGUGUGGUUGCUCUGGGUGGUGAUGUUGUCGAGAUUCGCGACGGGCGACUCUAUGUCAACGGAGAGGCGCAGAUCGAGACCUACAUUGCCGAAAGUCCGGAUUAUCAAUGGGGUCCCGUCCAGGUCCCUGACGGCUAUCUGGUCGUAUUGGGCGAUAAUCGGAGCAACUCGCUGGAUUCGCAUGUUUGGGGUUUCCUCCCCGAGCGUAACGUCAUCGGACGUGCCGUAUUUCGUUACUGGCCGCUGACUCGGGUGGGCACGAUCGAGCACUAG